AUGUCAACUAACGUAAAGGUUUGUACUUUUUGUCCUAGCGGUAGUACUUGGGGAAAUUGGGAACCAAUAGAAUCGCCUUACGUCUUCGUAAUUAUACUUGGUAGUAUUAUUUUAAUUUUCAUUAUUAUUAUAUUGAUUCGAGAAAUUUUGAAGUCUCGUGGAGUACUUCGAGAUUGUUGCAAUUGUAAUAUCAGUGAUAUUCGAUGUUUAGGCUGUCAAGAAUGUUGUGCAGGAUGCGCUGAAGCAUGUGAUUGUUGUGGUACAACAUCAAUUGAGUCAUGUCUUGAUGCAUGUUGUCCAAAACGAGGAUCCAUCGAAUUUGCAGAUAUUAUUACAUGUGAAGCCUGUUGUUCUGGACAAUGUUGUUCGUGUGGCAAUAUUACUUGUGUUUGUGCACCAACGGAUGUUAGUCAUGUCAAUUGUUUAUGCUGUGCUUGUGAGCAACAAUAUCCUCAGCAAGAUUAUGAUAAUAGAUAA